AUGCCACCUCGAAUUCGACUCCAACCGAAGCAAUUGCGAAUAGCACUCCGACCGCAGUACGUCUGCUGGCAAUGCAGACAUGCAUCUGUAGCGACUGCCACGACUCCGGCGCCGCCGAUUGACCAGACUGUACAAGUCUCUCGGCCGAUUGCGAGAUCUCCUCCCACUCAACCGCCCUCCUACAAACCUCCUGAGUUCCGAAAGACACAGCUACAUCGGCAGUAUCAGUCACUGCUAAGAUCGUCGCAAUUGAUGAUCAUCUUCCAACACAACAACCUCAAAUCUACGGAAUGGAUGGGCAUCAGGAGAGAGCUGGCAACGGCGAUGAAGAAGGUUGAUGAAGAGCUGGCGAAGAAUGGCAACAUGGGAUUCGUGGGCAACGACACGAAGUUGCAGGUGAUACAGACGGGUAUCUUCGCAUCGGCAUUGAGGAUAGUAGAGUUCUGGAAUCCGAAAUUCGACGACACUUCGUCAUCUAAGCAUCCCACCGAUCCUGCGACCGCUACUUCGAAAACUGUGGACCAAGUGAUCCAGCAUGGACUGUCGAAGAAGGCAUACAAGGCGGCAAAUAAGAACAAGAAGAGGCAACAUCACGGUUUGGAGCCCUUACUUUCGGGACCGCUCGCUGUUUUCACAAUGCCGACUGUAUCACCUCAGCAUCUGAAAGCUGCGCUCUCUAUCCUUUCACCUUCCAAGGAAUUCCCACCACCAAAGCGGAGGGCAGUACCUAGUUACCAUGAGCCGGCGGUUCAGAACGGUCUACAGAAGAUGAUGUUACUUGGCGCACGAAUUGAAGGCCAGGUGUUUGAUAUCGAGGGCGCGAAAUGGGUGGGUACCAUUGAGGGUGGCAUUGAAGGAUUGCGUGCCCAGCUGGUGUCGAUGCUGCAAGGCGUAGGUGCUGGCAUUACAACUACACUUGAGACGGCUUCAAGGAGUCUUUACAUGACGGUUGAAGGGCGGAAGAUGCAGCUUGAAGACGAGCAAAAAGGAGCUGGAGAGACGAAGACUGAGAGCUCUUGA